ACUCAGUCGCGAUUCGAAGCCGGUCGUGGUAACCGAAUGCGUCGUGUAUCGUGUCGCGCGAGCACACGGUAUCCUCUUUAUUUCGUUUUUUUCGUUUUCAUAUAUUUUUCUGUGCUCCGUUGUGUUCCCUCUCGUAUGUUGAACGGAACGGUGGUGUUCACGCUGGAAUAUUUUUUAAAAUCGAGAUGGCUUCGUUUACGUGUACUUUCCUCGUUUCACCUUGACGAAUACAACAAGAAAGAGAACGUGUUUUUUUCGAGCCUUUGCUCGUUUCCCCUCCGCUCCUUUGUGUUCCACCGUCGCUAGUGAUCACAGUGUUAUUUACUCGUUCCAAAGGGAAUAUAUAUAUAUAUAUAUAUACAUAAAUAUAUAUAUAAUUCGUGGACAAGAAGAAGGCGAACAUUCUCUCCUUCGAAGAUGCUGACUUCUAGCGCGAAUCAGUACCUCCGUCCGGAAUAUCUUACGCCUUUACCUACUACGCUGGACGCGAAGAAGAGCCCGCUCGCGCUCCUGGCUCAGACUUGCAGUCAAAUAGGAGCGGACACGCCGUCCAACAAAUCUUUGCUGGGCUCGUUGGACAAAGGUUCGACGAGCAGCAACAACAACAACAACAACAACAACAAGUCGUGCAAGUCGACGGAUCAAUCGCGCGAGAAAUCGUCGCCGGGGAUCGUGGCCUCGUCCUCCUCCUCCUCGGCCGAGUCGAGCAAGGCGGCCAACUUCAAACCGUACGAGUCGUGUUUGUCGAGCGGCGUGGAAAAAGCAUCGAGCCCGGACAACGAGCAACAACGAUCUGCCUCCACUCAUUCGAUAUCCGGCCGUUCGAGGACACCCGGGAGCACGAAUAAACGGUGCUCGAGCAACCAGAGCGGGUGUUCCUCGGUACGGGCGAUCACUCCUCACCAACAGGGGAGGAAGACGGCGACUCCGAACGGUGACGGGGCACGAGAAUCGCCCGCCUCGAGGAAUCAACUCGUCGUCGACUCCUCCUCCUCCUCCUCCUCCUCCUCCUCCUCCUCCACGUGCUCUUCCUCCUCUUCGCAGCCAGCGGUGGUCGGCAGCCCGUCGUUGCAGGCGAAGCCGUCUUCCUACAGCCCUGCAGGUGUUCUCGCGAUCACCGAUCCAUCCAUCAAGGACCUUCCACUGGGGACGUUCAAACCGGGCGUGAGCCUGUCCUGCUCGUCCGCUUACCUGGGCUUCAGCCCCCAAUUACCGAUCGACGCGACGGCCAGCUCGUUGAUAUCUCACCAACACGCCGCGUUGAAGAACGGUUUGGUGGGGAACCCGUAUCUGAGCUACGCGAGGCUGAAGAGCUCGGGAUCGGGGGCCGAUACAACCGCGCUGAUGCCCGUUUGCAGGGAUCCCUAUUGCACCGGUUGCCAGUUGAACUCUCAUUUGCUCGCGAGUUCGGCGAGUUUGGCCGGCGGCGGGAAAUUGGGGGGCGCCGCCGGUUCUUCCUGCCCCGGUGGAUGCGCGCAGUGCGAUCACAAAGGGAACAGUGGUGGUGGUGGUGGUGGUGGUGGUGGUGGUGGUGGUGGUGGAGGUGGUGGUGGAGGUGGUGGUGGCAGUGGUGCGACGACAACGGGUUACGGAGCGUUGGGUGUCGCGGCGUACGCUCACGCGCAACUUGCCGCCCUGGCGGCUGUCUCUCAACUCCCUUACGUGUGCAACUGGAUAGCCGGGGACACGGCGUAUUGCGGGAAAAGGUUCUCCACGUCUGACGAGUUGCUGCAGCAUUUGAGGAGUCACACGAACGUGACGGGAGGAACGGGCGCCGAUCCCUCGGGGGCGGCCCUCUCCCUGCUCUCGCCCCCGGUCGGCCUGCCGGCCGCGCAUCCCCUGUUCCCCAGGACUUACCCGACGCCACCUCUGAGCCCGCUCGCGACCGCCCGCUACCACCCGUACGGGAAACCGUCGCCGCUCUUGGCCCCGUCUCUGUCGUCCUUGGCUCUGCCCCUCCCCCCGCCGCACCCCCACGCGGCCCCGGCCUUGCCACCCUACUUCUCCCCGUACCCCUUGUACGCCGGCCCGCCGAGGCUCGGCGCCGCUUCCGGCUUGCCUCAAUGAGUUCACGGCCGAACCGCGGAUAUCGAUCGUCUCGUCGACUGUGAUCCACGCGCGGAUAUUUGAACUCUCUACCUUGCCGUCGCAUCGUCGUCCUUCUUCAGCGCAAGGGACGAUGUAACGCCCUCCCUUUCCUUCGAUCCUCUCGAGUUCUUCCCCGCGACGUAAUUUUCGCGUCGUUGAGAUGGAAACGGCGCGUGUGUGGGUUGGAUUGAGGAGUUGGCGAGAGGAUUAUUCGAUUGUACGCGUGUUACGCGCGCUUUUAACUGUGAUUCUGGGCGCGAGAAUAAUAGGGGAGCGCGUGCGACGAAGGCGGAUCCGAAAAUAACGCGCGCCUGUUGAGGCGAACAGCGGCUGCUUUAAGCACGGCCGCUGCGUGAUUAUUAAAUCUCGUCGACUUGUCCCUCCAUAGGAGGGGAGGGGGUCUUCUUUUACCACCUUCCUUUCUCGAUCGCUUGGAUAUCUUCAGCAUCACGUUCGCUCACCACCGUGAUCCUACGUGUUUUGUUUACAUCGACACGUUUUCUCGACAUCGUCCGAUAUAUAUAUAUAUAUAUCAUUUUCCAAUUCUCCCUCCGCGUUGUCGAUGAACGUUUCCGGUAGAACGGUAAUCUCCGAUUAAAAAAAUUAUUUCCGCCGCGCACGAAACGAGACGAAACGAGACGAAAGACACGUUUAAGCUUAAUUUCGACGAGUAAGAAAGAGAGAAAGAAAGAAAGAAUACCACGAGUGUAACGUGGAAAAAAGAAAAAAAAAAAAAAAAAGGAGUAAAAAAAAAAAAAAAAAAAGGAGUAAAAAUAAAAACCAAUGUUCAACUGUGAUUUUCGAGUGAGAAAGCACGUGCAUGAGUGAGAUAUACUGCGCUUCCGCUACAGUUACGCGUGUACGCGUGAUCCUAGAAUUUAUUUGUAUACGAUAGCGAUGCGAUCGUGGAUCGUUCGAUUCGACGGACUAAUUAUUUUUAAUAUCGAACGCCUCUCCCCUAACCUCCUUCCUCUUCCCUCUCCUGUCCUUAAGUAUUUCUUAAUUUCAUUUGAUGACAACCGAUUCGGACGAUUUGGAACGUGAAACGAUUUGGAAAUAUAAACGUUCGAGAUACUGAGAAAUAGUACAAAGUGUAAAGAUAAACAUUCUACGAUAAUAUCUGUACGAUCUAUAUAAGGUAACAUAAUUCCGAUCGUAAAUUUGCAGCCGACGUUUUUUUGCCCGUCGUUACGCGUUCCAAGCCCGAAAAGCGAAGAUAACGCGCGUACAGUGUAGAUGGUGAAACGACAGACGCCGUAAAUUCUGGUCGAUCGCGGUCUACCAAUCGUACCAAUCGUUCUCGUACCGUUUGUCGCGGAACGCUCGAGUCUAUGUGUUUAUAGUAUUUACGAAUUUAAUAUAAUAAUAUUCAUCGCUAAACAUUUAUUGUAACUAUUGUACAUUUGUUCAUAGAGAUACGUUCAUAGAGGAUGAAAUUUAAUAAAAAGGAAAAAAGGAAAAAAAGAAAACGAGAGAAAGAAGGAAAGGGACGUAGGAAAGGAACGCGUAAAUAAAUAAAUAAAAUUGCGAAGCUUCUCGCGAAGCAUGGGCGCACGCGAAUCGAGUGAAACGGGAUCCUUGAUUGACUAGUUGAGAUAUAUCGCGUCUAUAUAUUUUUAACCAAAGUUUUAGCGACCGAUCCGAUGAUUAAGUAGCGUUACGAAUAAUAAACGAUGUGUAAUAACGAUCGAUAUUGUAUAUCAUCGAAGAGAAAACGAAUCGCUCGAGAUAUUUAGUUGUAAAUAGAUUUAUUUUGUUCUACGUCUUGUACGCGUAUAUACGUGUGUAUACAUAUAUGCAUAUUUGUGUACGCGCAUAUGUAUCCUGUAUAUGUGUAUAUACGUGUGUAUAUAUGGUAAUUGCCACUGUAUUACGAUUAUUAUUAUUAUUAUUAAUAUUAUUAUUAUUCUCUACGAUAAAAGGAAAAAUUCAUGUUUUUUCGAUCUGAAGAGAACGACGUGUAUGCAAGGCGAAUUCGUUUGACUCAAUAAUUGAUUUGUACUUGGAAUCGAUAUUUUCUACUCAUUUUUCUCGAAACCCGAAGCCUAAACGUUCAACUUGUUGAUUUUAUCAUUGUUAUUCCAAUACGUUACGUAAUCCUGUUCGGUAUCCUAUUGAAAUGAAAUAUAUCGCAACUUAUUUCUCAACGAGGAA